AAAUAAACAAGAAGAAGGAGGAGGAGGACGUUAUUCUGUGGAAGAUCAUCUUUGGAGAAAGUAACGUUACGUGCAGACUCACUCAGGAAGAGGACACAAUCACAUUUCUGAACCUAGCUAACAUAACUGAUAAAGCCUGAAUGGAUCUUACCGAACAGAUCAACCAGUUGGAGGCAGAUUUGCUGGAGCUGGGGUCACUCCUGGAGAAGGCAGAGAGGAAAAGAGUGCAGGAGCUGCUAAAGCAGGAGCAGCAGAAGGUGGAGAAGGAGCUUUCAGUCAAACGACAACAGAAGGAGAAACAAGCCAUGAGAGAAGCAGACCGACCUCUUGCCUCUAAAGGAGCGUACACAGUCAAGAUCAACAGCUAUGAUGUGAAAUUCGAGAAAUGUGAGCAUUUCGUAGUCCUUUUCUUGCCCACUGCUGAAUUCAGGCUCAGUGUUGACUUGCAUUGUACCCUUGGUUCAAUCUGCUUACUUCUGGUAGAAAAUAGAGCAACUGAUUCUUGUGACCGUCUUUUCUCCCUUCAACAGAUAAAAACAGACAUGAUCCUGGUCAUGUGCAAGAAACAGGCAACAAAGAAGUGGGAGUGCCUAACAACAGUGGAAAAGCAGUCAAAAGAGAAAGAUAAGCCCAAUAUUGAUGAGAGUGCAGACCCCAGCGAUGGACUGAUGACCAUGCUGAAGAAGAUUUACUCGGAGGGAGACGACGAGAUGAAGAGAACCAUCAACAAAGCCUGGUCAGAGUCCCAAGAGAAGAAAAUUCGAGGAGGAGGAGAAGACAUGAUGGACAUCUGAACUGCCCUCGCUGCGUGUCCACCUGACAUGACUUGAAUAUGAAAUGUUACGUGGACAUUUCCACAAAAUCUAUAAAUUCAGUGUACAGCUCAUAUAUAAAGGUUCAGGAUUAAUGUCUAAGCCCCGGAAGGCCUCAUUUUGACCAUGCUUUGAAAAUCAGGCUGCCGAUGUCCUGAUAGUCAUAGACCAUGAAGGCUCGGAAAAUAUGUGUACGAGCAUAAUGGCAGUGUCCAGCAGAUGGCAACCUAACAGCAAAAUAUAUACACAUUUCAUCACCUUUUUUUUUUUGUAAUGUCAGAUUUGAUGGGUUAAAGGACCACAAUGCAGUUGUUUUUUUCUUGAGAUUAAUGUCCAUUAGUAAUUCAUAGUUCAAAUUGGACCUGGGUAAAUUUAAUAUGUGAGACGUGUUCUGUAAAGUCACAUGUUAAUAUUGUUCCUUUGCAGAAUUCAGUGCAGCUAAACUAAGCUGAUAUUUAAGAUGUUUCCAAGUGUACAUUUGCCAAAGUCAUGCUCAUAUUCCUUUAACGAAGAGAACCAAAGGGCUCUUCUGGCUUCUCUUCUGGCGUCUUCAUAUCAGCUGUUUUUGGGGGGUUUUCUUUUGUCAUUCCAUAAAUUGCUCAAAUGAUAGCUGCAAAGACAGCACUGCUCACGCAUCAGUCCAGUGUAAUAAUUCACAUUACUGCAUAGGUCUGUGUUUGACAGAUUUAAUGUAUUUUACCCAUUCCUGUUGGCAUAGCUUAAUGCUCUGAAACACUUUCUUUGUAAUUCUUUAAUAUGACUGUUAGAUUUUCAUUGUGUUGGACAGUUUCCCACUAUAAUUUCUAUUUACAGCACUGUUGAAGUUGCCCAUUUCCCUCCAGCUUUUGGGAAUAUCUAAAAUGUAUGUUUAAUUAUGUUGAUUUUUUACCCUGGCUUUUGUCAUUGUCUUACAUGUAUUGUUGUCUGCCCUCAAACAAGUUCUCACAAAUAUAGAUCUUGAACUGAU